AUGUUAACACUACCGUUUGAUGAGUCUGUUGUAAUGCCAGAAUCCCAGAUGUGCAGAAAGUUUUCUAGAGAAUGCGAGGACCAGAAGCAAAUUAAGAAACCAGAAAGCUUUUCCAAACAGAUUGUCCUUCGAGGAAAGAGCAUCAAAAGGGCCCCUGGAGAAGAGACUGAGAAAGAAGAAGAGGAGGAGGACAGGGAAGAGGAAGAUGAAAACGGGUUGCCCAGAAGGAGGGGUCUUAGGAAAAAAAAGACGACCAAGCUCCGACUGGAGAGGGUCAAGUUCAGGAGACAGGAAGCUAAUGCGCGGGAGAGGAACAGGAUGCAUGGCCUCAAUGACGCCCUGGACAAUUUGAGAAAAGUGGUUCCCUGCUAUUCUAAAACCCAAAAACUGUCCAAAAUAGAAACUUUACGACUGGCCAAAAACUACAUCUGGGCACUUUCUGAAAUUCUGAGAAUCGGCAAGAGACCUGAUCUGCUCACGUUCGUCCAAAACUUAUGCAAAGGUCUUUCCCAGCCAACUACAAACUUGGUGGCAGGCUGCUUGCAGCUCAAUGCCAGGAGUUUCCUGGUGGGUCAGGGCGGGGAGGCUGCACACCACACAAGGUCACCCUACUCUACCUUCUACCCACCCUACCACAGCCCUGAGCUCACCACUCCCCCAGGGCAUGGAACUCUUGAUAAUUCCAAGUCCAUGAAACCCUACAAUUAUUGCAGUGCAUACGAAUCCUUCUAUGAAAGCACUUCCCCUGAGUGUGCCAGCCCUCAGUUUGAAGGUCCCUUAAGUCCUCCCCCAAUUAACUAUAAUGGGAUAUUUUCCCUGAAGCAAGAAGAAACCUUGGACUAUGGCAAAAAUUACAAUUAUGGCAUGCAUUACUGUGCAGUGCCACCCAGGGGUCCCCUUGGGCAGGGUGCCAUGUUCAGGUUGCCCACCGACAGCCACUUCCCUUACGACUUACAUCUGCGCAGCCAAUCUCUCACCAUGCAAGAUGAAUUAAAUGCAGUUUUUCAUAAUUAA